AUGUCGACAACAGCAGCUGCCACUUCGCAAACCCUUAAGAUGCCCGCCGCACGCGCUCUCGAGAACGCAAAGCAAUCUUCAGAAGCUGUUCUAAGCGACGCAUCCUCCGCCAUGUCCAAAGCCGCCGAGAACCCCAAGAAGGCCACCGCCGACUUCCUACACACACCCUUCAUGCGCGCGGCACUGCCCUUCGUAAACGGCGGCAUCGCAGGCAUGACAGCAACAACUGUAAUCCAACCCGUAGACAUGGUUAAAGUGCGCCUACAACUCGCCGGAGAAGGAGUAAAGACCGGCCCUAAGCCGACCCCCGUCACAGUCUUCCGCGACAUCAUCGCCCAAGGCAAAGUGCUAGACCUCUACACCGGCCUCAGCGCGGGAAUACUGCGCCAAGCCGUCUACACAACUGCGCGCCUAGGCUUCUUUGACACAUUCAUGAAGAAACUAAGCGCGCGCGCCAAGGAAAACGGCACAGCCAUCGGCUUCAAAGAGCGCGCAGGCGCGGGUCUAGCUGCAGGAGGUCUCGCCGCCAUCGUCGGCAACCCGGCGGACCUCGCCCUCAUCCGCAUGCAAUCCGACGGCCUGAAACCCGUCGCCCAACGCGCAAACUACACCUCCGUCAUCGACGCCCUCGUCCGCAUCAGCAAGCAAGAAGGCGUCACGCGGUUAUGGGCCGGCAGCUACCCGACCGUCGUCCGCGCCAUGGCCCUCAACUUCGGCCAAUUAGCUUUCUUCUCUGAAGCCAAACAGCAGCUCAAGAACACGUCUUUGUCGUCGCGCACACAGACUCUUACUGCAUCGGCGGUUGCGGGCUUCUUUGCGUCGUUCCUGUCGUUGCCGUUUGACUUUAUGAAGACGAGGUUGCAGAAGCAGACGAAGGGGCCGGAUGGCACCAUGCCUUAUAAGGGUAUGUUCGAUUGCUUCAGGAAGGUUGCGAAGGAAGAGGGGCUUUUGAGGUUUUACCGUGGCUUUGGGACGUACUAUGUCCGUAUUGCGCCGCAUGCGAUGGUGACGCUUAUUGUCGCCGAUUACCUGGGCUUCAUCACGAAAUAA